UUGUGUGUGAAGAGAGGGUUCUGUGUGUGAUCUACAACUGGUGGUUCCACAUGCGUGAUUGAUGAUGAUUGAUUGACUGUCUAUAUUUUAUCCACAGGUCCUGGACAGUAUAUAUUUCUCUCGGCGGUUCCAUGUGCGCUGUGUGGCCCAGGCCCGGGACAAGUCCGGACAUCUUGGAACACCCCUGAGGAGUAACAUAGCAACCAUCAGCACCGAGAGCUCCAUUUGCCACACCACCGUUACCACGGGAACCGCCAGAGGAUUCCAGGCGCAGUCGUUCAUCGCCACGCUGAAGUACCUGGAUGUCAAACAAAAGGAGCACCCGAAUCGGUGAGCAGGGAGAUAUUCAUACACUAACACACACUCACACACACAUGCACACACACUCAUGCACACAGGAACGCAUGUACACGAACAUACACAAAGAGUGAUGGAGAAAUCGGUACAUUUACAUAUCUGGAUAUUAUUUCUGACGAUAUAUCAUAACAUUAUUUCGGACAAUAUUGCAAAAUAAUUUUUUAGCUAGUCGGCUGUACCUGCAUCAAAGGUUGUUCUCCAUCUUCUUUUUAAAUAGGGAGCCAUUUUGUUUUCAGCACCUUUAUUUACCUGACUGAUCUAAAUACAUUUUCUCAUGCUCUCUCUUCUCCCCCUGCAGCAGACAUAGUCAGCAAUAUGUUUUAAACAUCGGAUCUCAAUACAAUCGCAAUAUUGAAUCGCAAUACAUAUGGUCUAUAAUAGUAGAACACCUCCAUAUGGUCUAUAAUAGUAGUAGAACACCUCCAUAUGGUCUAUAAUAGCAGAACACCUCCAUAUGGUCUAUAAUAGUAGUAGAACACCUCCAUAUGGUCUAUAAUAGUAGAACACCUCCAUAUGGUCUAUAAUAGUAGUAGAACACCUCCAUAUGGUCUAUAAUAGCAGAACACCUCCAUAUGGUCUAUAAUAGUAGUAGAACACCUCCAUAUGGUCUAUAAUAGUAGUAGAACACCUCCAUAUGGUCUAUAAUAGUAGUAGAACACCUCCAUAUGGUCUAUAAUAGUAGUAGAACACCUCCAUAUGGUCUAUAAUAGUAGUAGAACACCUCCAUAUGGUCUAUAAUAGUAGAACACCUCCAUAUGGUCUAUAAUAGUAGUAGAACACCUCCAUAUGGUCUAUAAUAGUAGUAGAACACCUCCAUAUGGUCUAUAAUAGUAGUAGAACACCUCCAUAUGGUCUAUAAUAAUGGGUCUAUAAUAGUAUAGAACACCUCCAUAUGGUCUAUAAUAGUAGAACACCUCCAUAUGGUCUAUAAUAGUAGUAGAACACCUCCAUAUGGUCUAUAAUAGUAGUAGAACACCUCCAUAUGGUCUAUAAUAAUAGAACACCUCCAUAUGGUCUAUAAUAGUAGUUAGAACACCUCCAUAUAUGGUCUAUAAUAUAGUAGAACCCUCCAUAUGUCUAUAAUAGUAGAACACCUCCAUAUGGUCUAUAAUAUAGUAGAACACCUCCAUAUGGUCUAUAAUAGUAGUAGAACACCUCCAAUAUGGUCUAUAUAUAGAACACCUCCAUAGGUCUAUAUAGUAGUAGAACACCUCCAUAUGGUCUAUAAUAGUAGUAGAACACCUCCAUAUGGUUCUAUAAUAAUAGUAGAACACCUCCAUAUGUUCUAUAAUAAUAUAACCCUCCACUAUGGUCUAUAAUAAGUAGUAGAACACCUCAUAUGGUUAUAAUAGUAGUAUAACACCUCCAUAUGGUCCUAUAAUAGUAGUAGAACACCUCCAUAUGGUCUAUAAUAGUAGUAGAAACACCUCCAUAUGGUCUAUAAUAGUAGUAGAACACCUCCAUAUGAUCUAUAAUAGUAGUAGAAAACACUCCAUAUGGUAUAUAAUAGUAGUAGAACACCUCCAUAUGGUCUAUAAUAGUAGUAGAACAACCUCCAUAUGGUCUAUAAUAGUAGUAGAACACCUCCAUAUGGUAAUAUAAUAGUAGUAGAACACCUCCAUAUGGUCUAUAAUAGUAGUAGAACACCUCCAUAUGGUCUAUAAUAGUAGUAGAACACCUCCAUAUGGUCUAUAAUAAUAGAACACCUCCAUAUGGUCUAUAAUAGUAGUAGAACACCUCCAUAUGGUAUAUAAUAGAGAAACACCUCCAUAUGGUCAUAAUAGUAGUAGAACACCUCCAUAUGGUCUAUAAUAGUAUAAACACCUCCAUUGGUCUAUAAUAGUAGUAGAACACCUCCAUAUGGUCUAUAAUAGUAGAACACCUCCAUAUGGUCUAUAAUAGUAGAACACCUCCAUAUGGUCUAUAUGAAUAGUAGAACACCUCCAUAUGGUCUAUAUGAAUAGUAGAACACCUCCAUAUGGUCUAUAAUAGUAGAACACCUCCAUAUGGUCUAUAAUAAUAGAACACCCUCCAUAUGGUCUAUAAUAGUAGAAAAAACACCUCCAUAUGGUCUAUAAUAGUAGGAACACCUCCAUAUGGUCUAUAUAGUAGUAGAACACCUCCAUAUGGUCUAUAAUAGUAGUAGAACACCUCCAUAUGGUCUAUAAUGUAGUAGAACACCUCCAUAUGGUCUAUAAUAUAGUAGAGAACACCUCCAUAUGGUCUAUAAUAGUAGUAGACCAACCUCCAUAUGGUCUAAUAUAAUAGUAGAACACCUCCAUAUGGUCUAUACUAGUAGUAGAACACCUCCAUAUGGUCUAUAAUAGUAGUAGAACACCUCCAUAUGGUCUAUAAUAGUAGUAGAACACCUCCAUAUGGUCUAUAAUAGUAGAACACCUCCAUAUGGUCUAUAAUAGUAGUUCAGUUUGUCUUCUUCUUCUUCUGUAGAAUCCACAUCUCGGUGCAGAUCCCCCACCAGGAUGGUAUGCUGCCCCUAGUGUCCAGCAUGCCCCUCCACAACCUGCACUUCCUGCUGUCAGAGUCCAUCUACAGACAGCAGCACAUCUGUUCUAACCUGGUCACUCUCAAAGACCUGCAGGGGGUCUCCGGUAAGGACACACGCAAACGCUUUAAGGUGUGCACGCAGACACAUGACACACACACACACAUACAGACACUCAUCCUUGAACAUGCACAUACGUUUGAACUCACAAACACACUCAUACAACAAAUUGUAAACACCCUUCCUCUAACAAAGUGUUUGACGUGUCCUCUCUGUGUGUGUCUGUCCUCUCUGUGUGUGUCUGUCCUCUCUGUGUGUGUCUGUCCUCUCUGUGUGUCUGUCCUUUCUGUGUGUGUCUGUCCUCUCUGCGUGUGUCUGUCCUCUCUGUGUGUCUGUCCUCCCUGUGUGUGUCUGUCCUCUCUGCGUGUGUCUGUCCUCUCUGUAUGUGUCUGUCCUCCCUGUGUGUGUCUGUCCUCUCUGUGUGUCUCUGUCCUCUCUGUAUGUGUCUGUUCUUUCUGUGUGUGUCUGUCCUCUCUGUGUGUGUCUGUCCUUUCUGUGUAUGUCUGUCCUCCCUGUGUAUGUCUGUCCUCUCUGUGUGUGUCUGUCCUCUCUGUGUGUCUCUGUCCUCUCUCUGUGUGUCUGUCCUCUCUGUGUGUGUCUGUCCUCUCUGUGUGUCUCUGUCCUCUCUUUGUGUCUGUCCUCUCUGUGUGUCUGUCCUCUCUGUGUGUGUCUGUCCUCUCUGUGUGUCUCUGUCCUCUCUGUGUCUCUGUCCUCACUCUGUGUGUCUGUCCUCUCUGUGUGUCUCUGUCCUCUCUGUGUGUGUCUGUCCUCUCUGUGUGUGUCUGUCCUCUCUGUGUGUAUCUGUCCUCUCUGUGUGUCUCUGUCCUCUCUGUCUCUCUGUCCUCACUCUGUGUGUCUGUCCUCCAUGUGUGUGUUUCAGAGACAGGUUUCCUGGAUGAUGUCCAAUAUGACAGUAUCUCUCUUGGUCCGGGUUAUGACAGACCCUACCAGUUCAACCCCAGUGUCAGAGAGGCUAAGAGCAUCCAGCUGUACAAACACCUCAACCUGAAGAGCUGUAUCUGGACCUUUGAUGCUUACUACGACAUGACAGAACUCAUAGAUGUCUGUGGAGGCUCCGUCACAGCUGACUUCCAGGUAUGAGACUCCCUCUAGUUCAGGUACCAUACCCUCUCUAGUGGGUUAUCGAUGUCACUGCUGACUUCCAGGUAUGAGACCCCCUCUAGUUCAGGUACCAUACCCUCUCUAGUGGGUUAUCGAUGUCACUGCUGACUUCCAGGUAUGAGACCCCCUCUAGUUCAGGUACCAUACCCUCUCUAGUGGGUUAUCAUUGUCACUGCAUUUUGUUUGCUAUACUCUGAUUUCACUCCAGUUUAUUUUGAUUAUUGAAGGCUUGCAUAGAAUCUACCAUUACUAGUAAACAUAAUCUUCUCACAGAUAUCCCUUUACCCAAACACAAUCUGAGUCCACAGUGUCAUCAGGUCCACAGUGUCAUCAGGUCCACAGUGUCAUCAGGUCCACAGUGUUAUCAGGUCCACAGUGUCAUCAGGUCCACAGUGUUAUCAGGUCCACAGUGUCAUCAGGUCCACAGUGUCAUCAGGUCCACAGUGUCAUCAGGUCCACAGUGUCAUCAGGUCCACAGUGUCAUCAGGUUCACAGUGUCAUCAGGUCCACAGUGUCAUCAGGUCCACAGUGUCAUCAGGUCCACAGUGUCAACAGGUCCACAGUGUCAUCAGGUCCACAGUGUCAUCAGUUCCACAGUGUCAUCAGGUCCACAGUGUCAUCAGGUCCACAGUGUUAUCAGGUCCACAGUGUCAUCAGGUCCACAGUGUCAUCAGGUUCACAGUGUCAUCAGGUCCACAGUGUCAUCAGGUCCACAGUGUCAUCAGGUCCACAGUGUUAUCAGGUCCACAUUCAGUCAUGUGAUCACAGCCUGUGUACUGUAGCCAUGGCUGCUCUUAUAGUUUUCCUGUGACUCAUCCUUCCAUCCCAACCACAGUAUGCAAAACAGUCUAGGACUGACUACAGCUGUUGCUACCGUGUCACCUUUGAUCAUACCAUGUUGUGUAACAUGGUGGUCCUCUGUAGCUCAGCUGGUAGAGCACGGCGCUUGUAAAGCCAAGGUAGUGGGUUCGAUCCCCGGGACCACCCAUACACACAAAAAAUGUAUGCACGCAUGACUGUAAGUCGCUUUGGAUAAAAGCGUCUGCUAAAUGGCGUAUUAUUAUUAUUAUUAUUAUUAACAUUAUGUCAUGUCAUGUCACCUUUAUCAUACCAUGUUGUGUAACAUUAUGUCAUGUCAUGUCACCUUUAUCAUGCCAUGUUGUGUAACAUUAUGUCAUGUCAUGUCACCUUUAUCAUGCCAUGUUGUGUAACAUUAUGUCAUGUCAUGUCACCUUUGAUCAUGCCAUGUUGUGUAACAUUAUGUCAUGUCAUGUCACCUUUAUCAUGCCAUGUUGUGUAACAUUAUGUCAUGUCAUGUCACCUUUGAUCAUGCCAUGUUGUGUAACAUUAUGUCAUGUCAUGUCACCUUUAUCAUGCCAUGUUGUGUAACAUUAUGUCAUGUCAUGUCACCUUUAUCAUGCCAUGUUGUGUAACAUUAUGUCAUGUCAUGUCACCUUGUGUCAUUGUCACCUUAUGUAAUCUGAUCUCAUGUCAUGUCUUAUGUCCCCCCCCCCCCCCCCCCCCCAGGUGCGUGACUCGGCCCAGUCGUUCCUGACGGUGCAGGUUCCUCUCUAUGUGUCCUAUAUCUACGUUACAGCUCCCAGGGGCUGGGCCUCUCUGGAACACCACACUGAAAUGCAGUUCUCUUUCUUCUAUGAUACCGUGCUCUGGAGGACAGGUGGGUGGGGAGGUGGGGAGGUGGUGAGGUGGGUGUAUGGGGGGCUGUGUGGGUGGGGAGGUGGGUUAUGGGAGGCUGUGUGUGUGGGUGGGGAGGUGGGUGUAUGGGGGGCUGUGUGUGUGUGUGGGGAGGUGGGUGUAUGGGGGGCUGUGUGUGUGUGUGGGUGGGGAGGUGGGUGUAUGGGGGGCUGUGUGGGUGGGUGGGGAGGUGGGUGGGGGAGGUGGGUGUAUGGGGGGCUGUGUGUGUGUGUGGGUGGGGAGGUGGGUUAUGGGGGGCUGUGUGGGUGGGUGGGGAGGUGGGUUAUGGGGGGGCUGUGUGUGUGGGUGGGGGGGUGGGUGGGGAGGUGGGUGUAUGGGGGGCUGUGUGUGUGUGUGUGUGUGGGGUGGGGAGGUGGGUUAUGGGGGGCUGUGUGUGUGGGUGGGGAGGUGGGUUAUGGGGGGGCUGUGUGUGUGGGUGGGGGGGUGGGUGGGGGAGGUGGGUGUAUGGGGGCUGUUGUGGGGGUGUGUUGUGUGGGUGGUGUGUGUUAAAUGGAAUAUCAUACAUCUAUGUGACUCUCCUUGGAAUUGUUAUGUUUACGUAUAACUCCAUUUAACUGUUGUGUUUCUCUGUAACUCCAUUUAUCUGUUGUGUUUCUGUUUAACUCAAUUUAACGGUAGUGUUUCUGUUUAACUCAAUUUAACGGUUGUGUUUCUGUUUAACUCAAUUUAACGGUUGUGUUUCUGUUUAACUCAAUUUAACGGUAGUGUUUCUGUUUAACUCCAUUUAACGGUUGUGUUUCUGUGUCCACUAGGCAUCCAGACAGACAGCGUUCUGUCAGCCAGACUCCAGAUCAUCCGGAUAUACAUAAGAGAUGACGGUCGUCUGGUCAUCGAGUUCAAAACACAUGCCAAGUUCAGGGGUCAGUCCUCAAAGUUCAGGGGUCAGUCCUCAAAGUUCAGGGGUCAGUCCUCAAAGUUCAGGGGUCAGUCCUCAAAGUUCAGGGGUCAGUCCUCAAAGUUCAGGGGUCAGUCCUCAACUACCAGUAUACUACUGUGUGACCAGUACACGGCAUCAUGUAGCCCCCUGUAAAAGCUAAGCUAAGGAAACGUCUCAAGUAUUUUUGUGUUUUUCUCCGCCUUGCCAGGCGAGUUUGUACCAGAGCACCACUGUAAUUAGUAUCUUAUUACUUUUGUAAUAAGAUACUCGACUCCAGCUUUUUGAAGGAGACUACUGUUUUGAGGUCUGGUCCCUACUCCUGUGAGACCAGGUCAAUAGUGGUCUGUAACACGAUGACUAACCUCUAGUUUUCUCCCUCUUCCUCCUCCAGGCCAGUUUGUCCCAGAACACCACACCCUGCCUGGCCAAAAGUCCUACCUGAUGGCCCCGGACCACCUGGGGGGGAUAGAGUUUGACAUGCAGCUCAUUUGGAGCGCCCAGUCCUUUGAUUCUCCCUACCAGCUCUGGAGGACCACCUCCUCUUACAGCAGGUCAGUACACAGAUAUACUGUUAUAUACAGUUAUAUAAAUAGAUGAAUAUAUAUACCAAGUCCUUUGACUCUCCCUACCAGCUCUGGAAGGCCAUCUGCUCUUACAGCAGGUCAUUUAAGGGUUAGUUGGUGGGCAGGCUUUUGUUCCAGCCCAUGACUGCUUUCUCUAAGUUCUGGAGAAUUAGUGUCAGAGGGUGUGACCAACUGGAGUUCGAAACGCAGAACUCCUGGUCAUCACAAAAAUGUGUUAGCCUGCUGAGCUCAGCUAAAGCCUAGGCAUUAGCCGGGGGACCCAAUGCAAGUCCUCAGGUCUCAGGCAAGGUUUAUUAAUGAUCUCUGUUACAAGGGCUUACCAAAUGUUUUGCCCUCUUGUGUUCCAGGAAGGACUACUCCGGGGAGUACACAGUGUUUCUGAUCCCCUGUACCGUGCAGCCCACCCAGCCCUGGACCGACCCUGGAGACAAGCCUCUGUCCUGCACAGCUCACGCCCCAGAGAAGUAUGUCACUAAAAAAGGUAUUAUGGGAUGGAUUGAGGGUAGCUGAAGUAUGGGACUAAAAACAAACAAAAGAUAACGAAUGUGAAAUAUACUGUGUCCGGAAAAUGUAUAUAGUAAGUACAGUGGGGAAAAAAAGUAUUUAGUCAGCCACCAAUUGUGCAAGUUCUCCCACUUAAAAAGAUGAGAGAGGCCUGUAAUUUUCAUCAUAUGUACACAUCAACUAUGACAGACAAAAUUAGAAAAAAAUCCAGAAAAUCACAUUGUAGGAUUUUUAAUGAAUUUAUUAGCAAAUUAUGGUGGAAAAUAAGUAUUUGGUCAAUAACAAAAGUUUCUCAAUACUUUGUUAUAUACCCUUUCUUGGCAAUGACACAGGUCAAACGUUUUCUGUAAGUCUUCACAAGGUUUUCACACACUGUUGCUGGUAUUUUGGCCCAUUCCUCCAUUCAGAUCUCCUCUAGAGCAGUGAUGCUUUGGGGCUGUCGCUGGGCAACACGGACUUUCAACUCCCUCCAAAGAUUUUCUAUGGGGUUGAGAUCUGGAGACUGGCUAAGCCACUCCAGGACCUUGAAAUGCUUUUUACGAAGCCACUCCUUCGUUGCCCGGGCGGUGUGUUUGGGAUCAUUGUCAUGCUGAAAGACCCAGCCACGUUUCAUCUUCAAAUACCUUGCUGAUGGAAGGAGGUUUUCACUCAAAAUCUCACGAUACAUGGCCCCAUUCAUUCUUUCCUUUACACGGUUCAGUCGUCCUGGUCCCUUUGCAGAAAAACAGCCCCAAAGCAUGAUGUUUCCACCCCCAUGCUUCACAGUAGGUAUGGUGUUCUUUGGAUGCAACUCAGCAUUCUUUGUCCUCCAAACACGACGAGUUGAGUUUUUACCAAAAAGUUCUAUUUUGGUUUCAUCUGACCAUAUGACAUUCUCCCAAUCCUCUUCUGGAUCAUCCAAAUGCACUCUAGCAAACUUCAGACGGGCCUGGACAUGUACUGGCUUAAGCAGGGGGACACGUCUGGCACUGCAGGAUUUGAGUCCCUGGCGGCGUAGUGUGUUACUGAUGGUAGGCUUUGUUACUUUGGUCUCAGCUCUCUGCAGGUCAUUCACUAGGUCCCCUCGUGUGGUUCUGGGAUUUUUGCUCACCGUUCUUGUGAUCAUUUUGACCCCACGGGGUGAGAUCUUGCGUGGAGCCCCAGAUCGAGGGAGAUUAUCAGUGGUCUUGUAUGUCUUCCAUUUCCUAAUAAUUGCUCCCACAGUUGAUUUCUUCAAACCAAGCUGCUUACCUAUUGCAGAUUCAGUCUUCCCAGCCUGGUGCAGGUCUACAAUUUUGUUUCUGGUGUCCUUUGACAGCUCUUUGGUCUUGGCCAUAGUGGAGUUUGGAGUGUGACUGUUUGAGGUUGUGGACAGGUGUCUUUUAUACUGAUAACAAGUUCAAACAGGUGCCAUUAAUACAGGUAACGAGUGGAGGACAGAGGAGCCUCAUAACCUCCUAGGGCUUAGUGGUCACAUACGUGGACAGCACUUUUUAGCUCUUAUGUCCACAAUUGUGUAGACGUUCUUUCAUAUUUCAUGGCUUAUUCUGAUUUAGAUAUUUAUAAAAGCCUUGUAUAUUUGUCAUGACAUGCAAAUUUGAAAAAAAAAGUGUAAAACUAGCAACUUUGUAGGUCGCUAAACAUGAAGUACACGUAAGUGUACUUAUGGACUGAGGCUCCUCGAAACAGCUAAUAUGCUUGUAAACAUGCACACACGUAAAAUGGGAAAAAAGCUAGCUCUGAUGCAGCUAAAAAGCUGUACAUGGUCCCAAUGAAAUAAAUAACAAUUAAAUCACUAAAUACAUACAUACAUACUUAAAUUAGUUGUGUUGAAAAUGUUAGCCUAAUGCAAUAGUGACUAUUUAAAAUGCUUUGAAUGUUUUAUAUUUUGUUACAGACAUACAAUGUCAUCCUGCAACUAUUUUGCAGCAUAUCAAAUGUUCCAAACACUAUUUUUAACUGUCCAAAAUGGGCAAAAAUGCAAUGUUUCCAUAUUAUUUUUACUCUCCGAUAGUCAAAACAUGUUCAAAAAAUAUGUGUAUGUGUUAUUAAUACAUUAAAAAACAGUCAGGAAAAAACUGCUGUGUUCAAGGCAGAAAUGAAGAGUUUUUCAUUCUAUUACACAAAGGUGACUUUAUUGUGUUUUAUGGAAAUUCGGACCAUGAAUCCACAUAUGUGGACAUCAUUUUUCUCUAAAAGUACAUAAUAUCAAAAGAUGAUACUUAGUUUUUAUUCUAAUUAGGUUCCAAUAAGCCCAAAUAGCAAAGAGAAAUAAAAAAUGCAUGUAAAAAAACAGCUUGGGCCUUAAGAGGUUAAAGAAGAAGUUACAUGUCUGUGAGAGCCAGAAAUCUUGCUUGUUUGUAGGUGACCAAAUACUUAUUUUCCACCAUAAUUUGCAAAUAAAUUCAUUAAAAAUCCUACAAUGUGAUUUUCUGGAUUUUUUUUCUCAAUUUGUCUGUCAUAGUUGACGUGUACCUAUGAUGAAAAUUACAGGCCUCUCUCAUCUUUUUAAGUGGGAGAACUUGCACAAUUGGUGGCUGACUAAAUACUUUUUUUCCCCACUGUAUAAGCUGGAUGUAGAAGUCAAAGUAUUGUUGUCCAUUAGUUUACUCCAAUUAGAGGAGGGAUGAUAGGGUUAGGGGAAAAUAAUACAGGAACAAAUAUUUAUACAUACAGUACCAGUUAAAAGUUUUAGAACACCUACUCAUUCAAGGGUUUUUCUUUAUUUUUACUAUUUUCUUCAUUGUAGAAUAAUAGUGAAGACAUCAAAAGUAUGAAAUAACACAUAUGGAAUUAUGUAGUAACCAAAAAAUUGUUAAAGAAAUCAAACUAUAUUUUAUAUUUGAGAUUCUUCAAAUAGCCACCCUUUGCCUUGAUGACAGCUUUGCACACUCUUGGCAUUCUCUCAACCAGCUUCACCUGGAAUGCUUUUCCAACAGUGUUGAAGGAGUUCCCACAUAUGCUGAGCACUUGUUGGCUGCUUUUCCUUCACUCUGCGGUCCAACUCAUCCCAAACCAUCUCAAUUGGGCUGAGGUCGGGGGAUUGUGGAGGCCAGGUCAUCUGAUGCAGGACUCCAUCACUCUCCUUCUUGGUCAAAUAGCCCUUACACAGCCUGGAGGUAUGUUGGGUCAUUGUCCUGUUGAAAAACAAAUGAAAUUCCCACUAAGCCCAAACCAGAUGGGAUGGCGUAUCGCUGCAGAAUGCUGUGGUAGCCAUGCUGGUUAAGUGUGCCUUGAAUUCUAAAUAAAUCACAGACAGUGUCACCAGCAAAGAACCCCCACACCAUAACACCUCCUCCUCCAUGCUUUACGGUGGGAAACACACAUGCGGAGAUCAUCCGUUCACCUACUCUGCGUCUCACAAAGACACGGCGGUUUGAACUUGAAAUCUCAAAUUUAGACUCAUCAGACCAAACAAAAAUUUCCAAUUUGGACUCCAGGCCAAAGUACACAUUUCCACCAGUCUAAUGUCCAUUGCUCGUGUUUCUUGGCACAAGCGGGUCUCUUCUUCUUAUUGGUGUCCUUUAGUAGUGGUUUCUUUGCAGCAAUUCCACCAUGAAGGCCUGAUUCACACAGUCCCCUCUGAACAGUUGAUGUUGAGAUGUGUCUGUGAAUUGAACUCUGUGAAGCAUUUAUUUGGGCUGCAAUUUCUGAGGCUGGUAACUCUAAUGAACUUAUCCUCUGCAGCAGAGGUAACACUGGGUCUUCCAUUCCUGUGGCGGUCCUCAUGAGAGCCAGUUUCAUCAGAGCGCUUGAUGGUUUUUGCGACUGCACUUGAAGAAACUUUCAAAGUUCUUGAAAUGUUCCGUACUGACUGACCUUCAUGUCUUAAAGUAAUGAUGGACUGUUGUUUCUCUUUGCUUAUUUGAGCUGUUCUUGCCAUAAUAUGGACUUGGUCUUUUACCAAAUAGGGCUAUCUUAUGUAUACCCCCCCCUACCUUGUCACAACACAACUGAUUGGCUCAAACGCAUUAAGAAGGAAAGAAAUUCCACAAAUUAACUUUUAACAAGGCACACCUGUUAAUUGAAAUGCAUUCCAGGUGACUACCUCAUGAAGCUGGUUGAGAGAAUGCCAAGAGUGUGCAAAUCUGUCAUCAAGACAAAGGGUGGCUAUUUGAAGAAUCUGAAAUAUAACAUAUAUUUUGAUUUGUUUAACACUUUUUUGGUUACUACAUGAUUCCAUAUGUGUUAUUUCAUAGUUUUGAUGUCUUCACUCUUAUUCUACAAUGUAAAAUAUAGUAAAAAUGAAGAAAAACCCUUGAAUGAGUAGGUGUGUCCAAACUUUUGACUCGUACUGUAUAUAUUUCAAAUAAUAUAUUAAUAACAAAACAAUAUAUGGGGGAUUGGAAAUUAUGCAGACAAUUACAUUGAUAGAAGCCACAAUCUAUUUGCAAUAUUAAAGCUGAUCCAACCCCCCAAAAAUCAUUAAAAAAGAAAAUUAUUUUGGUGUUUCUCAUCUUGGACCUUUGUUAUUUGCUAAUGAAUAACCUUGCUUGCUCUCUGUCUAUAAUACGUUGAAACUAGAGUGUUUAAACCAGAGUUCUAGGAACGCUUAUGGUGCUCUACAUACCUGACUGGUGUGCCCCCCUCCCCUAGGUUCCAGUUACCUAUAACCUUCCAGCAGAUCAACCGUCCCUCCCUCCCUCCCUCCCUCCCUCCCUCCCUCCCUCCCUCCCUCCCUCCCUCCCUCCCUCCCUCCCUCUCUCCCUCCACUCAGGUUCCAGUUGCCGAUAGCCUUCCAGCUGACCAACCUGCCCUCCCUCCCUCCCUCCCUCCCUCCCUCCCUCCCUCCCUCCCUCCCUCCCUCCCUCAGGUUCCAGUUACCAAUAGGCUUCCUGCAGACCAACCUGCCCUCCCUCCCUCCCUCCCUCCCCUCAGGUUCCAGUUACCUAUAGGCUUCCUGCAGACCAACCUGCCCUCCCUCCCUCCCUCCCUCCCCUCAGGUUCCAGUUACCUAUAGGCUUCCUGCAGACCAACCUGCCCUCCCUCCCUCCCUCCCUCAGGUUCCAGUUACCUAUAGCCUUCCUGCAGACCAACCUGCCCUCCCUCCCUCCCUCCCUCAGGUUCCAGUAACCUAUAGCCUUCCUGCAGACCAACUGCCCUCCCUCCCUCCCUCCCUCAGGUUCCAGUUACCUAUAGCCUUCCUGCAGACCAACCUGCCCUCCCUCCCUCCCUCCACUCAGGUUCCAGUUGCCGAUAGCCUUCCAGCAGACCAACCCGCCCGCCCUCCCUCCCUCCCUCCCUCCCUCCCUCCCUCCCUCCCUCCCUCCCUCCCUCCCUCCCUCCCUCCCUCCCUCCCCUCAGGUUCCAGUUACCUAUAGCCUUCCUGCAGACCAACCUGCCCUCCCUCCCUCCCUCCCUCAGGUUCCAGUUACCUAUAGCCUUCCAGCAGACCAACCGGCCAGUCCCUGUGGUAUACUCCCUCAACACUGAAUUUCAGCUGUGCAACAAUGAGAAGGUGUUCAUGAUGGACCCAGCCAUCUCUGACAUGUCCAUGGCUGAGAUGGACUACAAGGGAGCCUUCUCAAUGGGUACAAUCACUGUUCCACACAUCACUGGACAAACUCAAAGUGGCAUCUUAAGACUGAGAAAAGUUACUCUUGAAACACAAAGUGAUUUAUGUGAAUGUCAUAUGUGGCUUCAAGUUUAGCUUGACCUUUUUCAGCUUUAAUAUAUAAUAGAUGUUUUAUUGUCACGUACACCGGAUAGGUGCAGUGAAAUGUGUUGUUUUCCAUUCUGUAGUAGUACGGCGCCCCUGGAGCAAGUUAGGGUUCAGUGCUCAAGGACUCAUUGACAGAUUUUUCACCUUGUUGGCUCGGGUAUUCGAACCAGUGACCUUUCGGUUACUGGCCCAACACUCUAACCGCCAGGCUAACUGCCUAAUAUUUAAUAUAUUUACAGUGCCAUCGGAAAGUAUUCAGACCCCUUGACUUUUUCCACAUUUUGUUACGUUACAACUUUAUUCUAAAUUGAUUAAAUCGUUUUUUUCCCCUCAUCAAUCUACACACAAUACCCCAUAAUGACAAAGCAAAAACAUUUUUUUAGAAAUUUUAGCUAAUUUAUUAAAAAUAAAAAACUGAUAUCACAUUUACAUAAGUAUUCAGACCCUUUACUCAGUACUUUGUUGAAGCAACUUUGGCAGCGAUUACAGCAUCGAGUCUUCUUGAGUAUGACGCUACAAGCUUGGCUCAUCUGUAUUUGGGGAGUUUCUCCCAUUCUUCUCUGCAGAUCCUCUCAAGCUCUGUCAGGUUGGAUGGGGAGUGUCGCUGCACAGCAAUUUUCAGGUCUCUCCAGAGAUGUUCAAUCAGGUUCAAGUCCGGGCUCUGGCUGGGCCACUCAUGGACAUUCAGAGACUUGUCCUGAAGCCACUCAUGCGUUGUCUUGGCUGUGUGCUUAAGGUUGUUGUCCUGUUCGACGGUAAACGUUUGCCCCAGUCUGAGGUCCUGAGCGCUCUGGAGCAGGUUUUCAUCAAGGAUCUCUCUGUACUUUGCUCUGUUAAUAUUUGCCUCGAUCCUGACUAGUCUCCAAGUCCUUGCCGCUGAAAUACAUGCCCACUGCAUGAUACUGCCACCACCAUGCUUCACCGUAGGGAUGGUGCCAGGUUUCCUCCAGUCGUGACGCUUGGCAUUCAGGCCAAUGAGUUCAAUCUUGGUUUCAUCAGACCAGAGCAUCUUGUUUCUCAUGGUCUGAGAGUCUUUAGGUGCCUUUUGGCAAACUCCAAGCGGGCUGUCAUGUCCCUUUUACUGAGGAGUUGCUUCCGUCUGGCCACUCUACCAUAAAGGCCUGAUUGGCAGAGUGCUGCAGUGAUGGUUGUCCUUCUGAAAGGUUCUCCCAUCUCCACAGAGGAACUCUAGAGCUCUGUCAGAGUGACCAUCGGGUGCUUGGUCACCUUCCUGACCAAGGUCCUUCUCCCCCGAUUGCUCAGUUUGGCCGGGUGGCCAGCUCUAGGAAGAGUCUUGGUGGUUCCAAACAUCUUCCAUUUAAGAAUGAUGGACGCCACUGUGUUCUUGGGGACCUUCAAUGAUGCAGACAUUUUUUGGUACCCUUCCUGGAUCCGUGCCUCGACACAAUGCUUUCUCUGAGCUCUAUAGACAAUUCCUUCAACUUCAUGGCUUGGUUUUUGCUCUGAUAUGCACUGUCAACUCUGGGACCUUACAUAGAUAGGUGUGUGCCUUUCCAAAUCAUGUCCAAUCAAUUAAAUUUACCACAGGUGGACUCCAAUCAAGUUGUAGAAACAUCGCAAGGAUGGUCAAUGGAAACAGGAUGCACCUGAGCUCAAUUUCGAGUCUCAUAGCAAAGGGUCUGAAUACUUAUGUAAUUAAGGUAUUUCUGGUUUAUUUUUAAUACAUUUGCAAACAUUUCUAAAAACCUGUUUUUGCUUUGUCAUUAUGGGGUAUUGUGUGUCAAUUGCUGAGGAUUUUUUAUUUUUAAAUCCGUUUUAGAAUAAGGCUGUAACGUAACACAAUGUGGAUAAAGUCAAGGGGUCUGAAUACUUUCCAUAGGCACUGUAUUUCAGUUCGGUUAUUGGCCCAACACUCUAAUCACUAUGCUACCUGCCUAAUAUUUAAUAUAUAUUUCAGUAAGUGUAUUGUAUGUAUAGAAUACAUUUCUGUAGAUAUAUUGCCUGUUGCAUGUAAUGCAUUUUUGCCACUCUGUAUCAUAUUAUAUAAUAAACCUUAUGUAUCAGGAGACUGAAAAGAUUUGGCUUGAGUCCUCAGAUUCUCAAAAAGUUCUACAGCUGCACUAUCGAAAGCAUCCUGACUGGUUGCAUCACUGCCUGGUAUGGCAACUGCUCGGCUUCCGACCUCAAGGCACUACAGAGAGUAGUGCGUAUGGCCCAGUACUGGGGCCAAGCUUCCUGCCAUCCAGGACCUCUAUACCAGGCGGUGUCAGAGGAAGGCCCUAAAAAUUGUCAAAGACUCCAGCCACCCUAGUCAUAGACUGUUCUCUCUGCUACUGCACGGCAAGCGGUACCGGAGCGUCAAGUCUAGGUCCAAAAGGCUUCUUAACAGCUUCUACCACCAAGCCAUAAGACUCCUGAACAGCUAAUCAAAUGGCCCAACCUAUUCGCAUUGCCCCCCCCCCCACCCUCACUCAUCCCCUCUUUUACGCUGCUGUGACUCUCUGUUUAUGAUCUAUGCAUAAUCACUUUAACUCUACCUACAUGUACAUAUUACCUCAAUUACCUCGACUAACCUGUUCCCCCGCACAUUGACUCUGUACCGGUACCCCCUGUAUACAGUCGUGCUACUGUUAUUUUACUGCUGCUCUUUAAUUAUCUAUUUUUUACUUAACACUUAUUUUUCUUAACUGCAUUGUUGGUUAUGGGCUUGUAAGUAAGCAUUUCACUGUAAGGUCUACACCUGUUGUAUUCGGCGCGUGUGACAAAUACAAUUUGAUUUGAUUUGAUCACCUAACCUUUCAUCUCUCUGCUGCCCCUACAGGCCAGACACUGUACGGCAGGGUGCUGUGGAACCCAGAGCAGAACCUGAAUGCAGCCUACAAGCUGCAGCUGGAGAAAGUGUACCUGUGUACGGGACGGGAUGGACACGUGCCUUUCUUCGACCCCACAGGGACUCUGUACAACGAGGGCCCUCAGUACGGCUGCAUCCAGCCCAACAAACACCUCAAACACAGGUUCCUGAUCCUGGUAUGGGUGGCUCCUUUUAUUUAAACUUCCAUGGUCCUCUAAUAUUGGUGUAAUAUUUUUCUAUGUUGUCUAUUUUGCACUCGCUCAUCGUAUAUCAGAAAAUUGUUAUAUCAUAUUUUUGUCAUUACUGAAAUGCACUGCAAUGAAGACAACCUGGAAUGCAACCUGGAGUGCCGCUGCUUGUAGAUUCCAUAUAUCCCGUUUAGCAGACACUUUUAUCCAAAUCGACUUGUAUUACGGAGUGCAUACAUUUUUUAGUACGUGGUCUCUCUCGAACUUGAACCCACGACUGAGGCGUUGCUAGGCAAGGCUUUUGAUUUGUCUGUGGUACGUCGCCUAUGUGACCUGUUCACCUGUCUCAGUAUGUAGUCAUAGUUUUAAGAGAUAUUCAAAGACUGUGAGCUAUUCAAAUAAGUCAGGGCACUGGUAUCGUAGUGUUGGAUUGUUUACGCUAAUGUUUACAAUAAUGGGAGUAGGCUUCUGUCACAAAUGCUGGAAACUACAAGUUUACUGAAACUACUUUUGAGAUUUAAACAACAAAUGUAUAUUCCACACCAUAGCCGAUAUAACUGCUUUUAUCCAGCAGUUAGAUGACCCUGUUAACAUGUAUGCUAGUGUUUGAUGGGGUAUAGAUGUAGAUACUGUUAGCAUGUAUGUGUCAUGACUUCCGCCGAGGCUGCCUCCCCUCCUUGUUCGGGCAGGCUUCGGUGUUCGUCGUCACCGGCUUACUAGCCACUGCCGCUCCAUUUAUCAUCACUCCAUUUGUCUUGUCUUGUCAAUUAUACACACCUGGUUCUUAUCCCCUCAUUAGUCCGUGUAUAAGUGUUCCCUCUGCCCCCCUUGUCCUUGUGGGUGAAUGUUUAUUUGUGAGAGUAGUGGAGCUCGGUGGAGCUACUCGUACCUUGUUAUUGCCGGGGUAGAUAUUUCCCCUGUGCCUGUUAUUGUUGAAGCUACCGUUACCUUGUAUUGCCAGGGUAGAUUUUCCGUUGUGCCUGUUUCGCUUGUCGCUAUCCAGCGCUAUUUGUGUAUGACGGAAUGAACUCUGCAUUCAGUGAUUACCCUCCUGUGCCUGACUCCUUCUAUCACACUCAUCACAGUUUGCUACCCGGCAGGUUGUGCCAGUAACCGAAAGUUCGCUGGUUCUAAUCCCUGAGCCGACUAGGUGAAAAAUCUGUCGAUGUGCCCUUGAGCAAGGCACUUAACCCUAAUUGCUACUGUAAGUUGCUCUGGAUAAGAACAUCUGCUGAAUGGCUAAAAUGUAAAUGUAUGCUAAUGUUUGACAUACGGUGCGGAUCGGUAAUGGCAGCGUUGUGGUAACGUUUCUCCUACAGGAUCGGAAGCAGCCAGAUGUCUGUGAUAGGUACUUCCAUGACGUUCCCUUCGAGGCCAACUUUGCAUCAGAUAUAACCGGACUACAGACCGUGUCAGCGAUGCCUGGUGUUGAUGGGUUUACCAUGAAGGUUGAUGCCCUGUACAAGGUCAGUGACGAUCAACAACUUAUCCACUGAACCGUCAUCAUUUAUUAAAUUAUAAUGUACCGCUUAUGAAUGCAUUAUGUAUGAGUUAUAAAUGUGUAAAAAAAGGUCUUCGUCAGACUUGAGGGUAACUUUCAUAGAAAUAAAACCAUGAAUUGAUCUGAUUUAUUUAAAGAUAUGCGCCGGAACUCUGCCGACUACUAAGUAUUUUUUAAACCUCCCGCUUUGGGCUGGAUGUGUCAAUGUGUAGAUCAUACAUGCAUAAUCUAUUAGCAUAAUUACUGUCUUACCUCAAUUAGCCAUGAAAUCCCUAGUUUGAAAGCGACUGUUUUUCUGGCACAGCGCCAUUCUCACUACAUUUUCCUCCACGUGGGCCAGCCUCCUAGCAACUUGAGGUCUAGCCAAUGAGCUUCAGCCCCUCGCCAUUUGCGAGAGAGAGAGCAAGAGAGAGAGAGAGCAAUGAAGUGGUGUACAUAUCUGCACAUAUGUGACGUACUACGCAAUUUUCGGGGACCACUUUUGGCUCGUGAGCGCUACUUUCAGAACUACUGGCUAAAAAGUAUCCAAAUGUACUGGAGAAUCUCUUUAACGCUUUCUCUCUUGAUUGUCAGGUGGAGACGGGGCAUCAGUGGUACCUGCAGGUGAUCUAUGUGAUUGGUCCAGAGUCCAUCUCCGGCCCCAGGAUCCAGCGCUCUCUGACCCAUCAGCUUGCCCACAGCAGCGGCAGGGGGCGGGCUCGCAGGGACCUGACCAAUCAGCUGAGGCAAAGCAUCGGCCACAGCCAUGCUCGCCGGGACCUGGUGGACCGAAGCGGGCAUCUCACCCUCGACGAGUCUCUGAUCUACGAUAACGAGGGCGACCAGACGAAGAAUGGAACCAACAUGAAGACUCUCCGACUCGAGGUCCCCGCCGCCUCCACCUUUAACCCCCAGAUGGGCGGGUCUAUGGGCGGGGGCGUGGCUGUGCUGACCCUGCUGGUCCUCGUCCUGCUGGGUUCCUGUUUACUCUUCAGGAAGUGCCGACGGUCGGCUGGGAAGAAGCCAUCCAAGAUGGCGGAGGAGUACCCUCUGAACACCAAGGUAGAGGUGUAUCUAGAGAAGACCCUGGAGAAGAACUUCAGCUCCAAACACUGCACAGUUAGGAACAUCAACCUCAACAUCAACCGGAAUCACGACAACGUCAACUCUAAGGUCAACAGAGGGGCAAAGGUCAACAGAGCGGCGAAGGUCAGGCAGGUCAACCUGAAGGUCAAGCUCCACAACAACCUCCACAACGACGGCACUGAGGUC